AGCGUUGGCCCAAGCCAUUUUCGCACCACGCCUUUGUUGGCCUGCGCUUUUGGAAGGCGGGCUUGCUCCGAGAGCCGCCUGGCGGUAUGCCCUGGCCUGAUCUCGCCGCCGCGCCGGCAUGAGCCAGACGGUUGGCGGCGUCUGCAGGAAGUGGCAGCGUGGGGCCUGCUCGAGGGAGCAGUGCCCCCUGUUGCACGCCCUGCCCCCCCAGCCCUGCCUGUCGGAGCGGCAGGACGUCGCCAGCCAGGCCGCGCCUCUGGAGAGCAGCUCGGAGAGCUGGACACAGAGCUCCAGUAGCCGCAGCUGGGCGGACAUGUCCGAGGACCUGUGGGCCAUUGCUGGGCCGCUGGGCCGCUGGCAAACGCCCGAGGCCCCCGCCACCAGGACCGCUGGGGCUGGCUCAUCCCACGAUGAACUUCCGUCGUUCCUGGACCGCAUCGCCAUUUUCCCCGAGUGGUUCCCCACCGAGGGCGGCGGCUCCCUGCCGCGCGAGUUCGGGGACGACAUGGAUGGACACAAUCACAAGUCCAAGUCGGCCAUGCGGCGGAGGCAGCGGAAGAUGUCUAACAAGUGGAGUGCGAUGAAGGAGCUUAACAACGCCACGUCCGCGCCAGUCUUGCGGGUACUGAAUUCGAUGCCGCCUCAGCUGCCACCCGUCCAGCACGCGCCGCGGACCGAGUCGGCUUCGCCUCAGAGGCCUCUGGCCCCAGCUCCGUCGCCGAGGAGGCCGCGGCGCAUUGAUCAAAACGACCCUGACGACUCUGGGGACGGCGGCCUUGAUGUCAAAAACACGAAAAUCUCGUUGUGACAUCGAAGGCAUGUGCCCACACGGCGCAAUUAUCAGAGUCAGACGUCUGGAGAUGGCAAGCAUGUAAAUGGCGGAACACGACGCCAAUGACAGCGACGUGGCGGGGGAGAGGGAGGAGGACAUGUGCUUAAUGUCCGCUACUCCGCCCCCUGGCUACUUCUUACCAUAUAUAAAUAUGUUGUGCUUUACCUGUGUGCAGCUGUGCGAUGCGGCGAGGACUGUGGCUUGCUUUAGUCACGCGCGCGCUUCCACCCAGUGAAGUCGUGUCACACACAGUGCAUUUGUCCAGUCGCCCUUCCUCUUACUGCGCCUCUCCCUCUUGUUUCGAACGCUACGGCGUAGCACCAUGCGCAUCUCCGCCGUCCCUGGAUGCACAGUUUUUGAAUUUCCCGCGCCUUCGCAUCUCACUCUAGCGCUUGACGCCUCAAGUAGACCGUUCACGCAGGCUUUCCGUCUCUCGCAAACACUCUGGCAUUUUGACUUGAAAGCCAUCUCUCGCAGGACUGCCUGUCUACGUGGCUGGACGCUUCAAUUCCGCUCAUGUGGACGGCGCUUGAGGUAGAUCAUCAGAUUCAAGAUUUCGUCGCAGACCGUCUCACCGUGCUGCUUACUUCUUUGGCCAAACAAAUUCAUUCAGGGUAACCUUUGUCUCUGACCAGUCGCGUUUCACAUUCCCUUCACUUCUGCAGCACAGGGAGCCCUUGGGAGAGAUGUGUAUUCUCUGAUGUGCCCGCUUCAGUCCUGCAAUCAGUCUCGAGAACGAGAGAGUACGUAGGUGUUUGUUUGGGUCAUUACUUGAUUGCUCGUCUGGCUCAGGCUGUAAGCUUUCACCUCCCACCUUCCUUGACUGUCACCCUGCCCUUCUCGCCCCUCUACCUUCUCUUU